UGUAUUGUGUGUCAGUGUGUGUUUGUUAUCUUAUAUUAUGCUUGCUAGCAUGACUAUGAUUUUAACUGGGAUUAAUCCAUGAAGAAUAUAAGAUCGUCUUAGCAAGAUCAACGAUAUUCUAAUUGUGUCUGCACUACAGCUGAGCUACUGGUGUAUAAUCCAUGAUGGAUAAAGACAAGCUUAAUGCCAUUGUGGCAUGGGUAAAUUUGAUGACAAAAUGCACAAAGGUACAUAGAGUGCAGGAACUGAGCAGUGGUGAUGGACUACUAGAAAUAAUUCAGUUAAUUGAUCCCUCUUUUGAGAUUGGAAAGAUUCAGACAAAGCAGCAGAAGGUCAUGUUGGUUAAGCGAUUUAUUCAGGGGUUAUGUCAAGCACAACUAGAUGACGACUUUAAUUUCAAUGCAAUCGUCAAUGACAACAAUAUGGUUGAAACAUGCAAGGUAACGGUUUUACUUCUGCUAUGCGGAACCCAAUGUGAAGAGAAAGACGUAUUUAUGGCUUCUCUCUCCUCUGUGCCUAUUACACUACAGCUACAGAUCCGAGACAUUCUAGAUUGUCUGUUGAAGCUGGAAAUUGUCCAGGUCCCUGGGGCCAUAUAUGGCAUCAUGUGCCGUAAGAUCGACGUUACUGCCAUAAGUAGUAGUGGUUCCGACGUGGUGUCGUUAUGUGAAAGCCAGACAGAUCAUGUGAGCAUGGCGUUUAGAAAGAAGUUAGAGCGAUGUGCAGCUUUGUCAGCGCCACCGCGCCUUCCUCGCUCGCGCGCCGGAAUCGCAUACAGCGUAGAACCUGCCCACAGCUCUUGUGAUAGCAUGAACUCUCCUCCAUUGUCUACAAGAAUUGUUACUGCCUUGCCACUCAAUCUGAGUCUGUCGCCAUCGUCUCCAGUUGAAUCGGACAAGAGCCAGUGUCAUCGGCCCUCCAUGACUGAAGUGUUCUCCAACAGUCCACUUUCUCCACACAGGGCUCUUCUUCAGAGCCCGCAAGUGGUGCACAAGUUUGUGUUGCAUCAGAAAGAAUGUAUGAUCAAAAAGCUGCAAGCUAGCCUCCAGGAAGAGACUCUGUGCAAAGAAAAUUUGCAGUUGGACAUUCUUGAAAUGAAGACCACUAUUAAAGCAUAUGGUCUCAGAGCCAAUGAGCAGCAACAUAAAAUCGACAGGUACAAAAGCUUGCAGUCACGUGUUAAUCAGUUGGAGGCUGCUCUGCAUGGUCAUGAUAACUGCCAGGGCAAAAUUCACAGUCUCCAAGAAGAACUGAAUCUGUUGAAGGGAGCAGCAGAAGAAAGAGAUAAGUUGAUUCAAGAGAACGAGCCACUCUGGACUGAGAUAGCUGAGCUAGAUAGUCAGAGAAAACUGGCACAGGAAAUGGAGUCCGAGAAAUGCCACUUGGAAGGUAAAAUCUCUGUAAUGGAACAGCAAGCUGAAGUCCUGCAACAACAGCUGAAACAGGCUCUUUGCCUCAAUGGUGCGCUUCAGUCAGAUUUGAAGCAGGCAGGGGAAGAGAAGGAGGCUAUGGCUGAGCUGUUUAGAGCAAAGAUACACGAACUCAAUAACUCUUAUGACGAUAUGAUGCUGUCACGAGGAGAGAACUUGGGAUCGGUUAUUGACAAGGAGUUACAGGAGCAACGAGAGCUAUACAACUGUCUUCAGUCCACAAACAGACAGUCUGAGAUGGAAUUCCAGAAGAAAAUAGAAGUAUUCGAAGCCGAUAAGCAGAACAUGCUAGAUCGAUGCAGACAACUGGAGAAGCAGAGGAUGACAUCCGAAACUUAUAAGGUAGAGAUGGAGCAACAAUUGGCAGCACUGGCUGCUAACCAUGAAGAAGCAGUAACCUGUCUAAAGGCUGAUUACACAAAACAACUGGAAGAGCAGAGGAUAACAUCAGAAACUUAUAAGGUAGAGAUGGAGCAGCAGUUACAAGAACGUGAAAACCAGAUGGCAGCACUGGUUGCUAACCACGAGGAGGCAGUAUCUUGUCUAAAUGCUGAUUACACAAAACAACUGGAAGAGCAGAGGGUAACAUCAGAAACUUAUAAGGCUGAGAUGGACCAGCAGUUACAAGAGCGUGAAAACCAGAUGGCAGCACUGGCUGCUAACCACGAGGAGGCAGUAACCAGUCUAAAUGCCGAUUACACAAAACAACUGGAGGACCAGAGGGUGACAUCAGAAACCUAUAAGGUAGAGAUGGAGCAAGAAAUGGCAGCACUGGCUGCUAACCAUGAGGAGGCAGUAACCUGUCUAAAGGCUGAUUACUUGAAACAACUGGAAGAUCAGAGGUUAACAUCCGAAACUUAUAAUGUAGAAAUAGAACAACAAAUGGCAGCACUGGCUGCUAAUCACGAGGAGGCAGUAACCUCUCUAAAUGCCGAUUACACGACACAACUGGAAGAUCAGAGGGUGACAUCCGAAACUUAUAAGGUAGAGAUGGACCAGCAGUUACAAGAGCGUGAAAACCAGAUGGCAGCACUGGUUGCUAAUCACGAGGAGGCAGUAACCUGUCUAAAGGCUGAUUACUUGAAACAACUGGAAGAUCAGAGGUUAACAUCCGAAACUUAUAAUGUAGAAAUAGAACAACAAAUGGCAGCACUGGCUGCUAAUCACGAGGAGGCAGUAUCCUGUCUAAAUGCCGAUUACACAAAACAACUGGAGGACCAGAGGGUGACAUCAGAAACCUAUAAGGUAGAGAUGGAGCAGCAGUUACAAGAGCGUGAAAACCAGAUGGCAGUACUGGUUACUAACCACGAUGAAGCAGUAACCAGUCUAAAGGGUGAUUACAUGAAACAACUGCAGGAGCAGAGGGUGACAUCAGAAACCUUACUUCAGGAGCAGACAGUAACAUCAGAAAUUUACAAGGUAGAGAUGGAGCAACAGUUACAAGAGCGUGAAAACCAGAUGGCAGCACUGGUUGCUAACCACGAGGAGGCAGUAUCUUGUCUAAAUGCUGAAUACUCGAAACAACUGGAGGAGCAGCGGGUGACAUCAGAAAGUCUCAGAAGUGAGAACGACGCAAUGAGGAUGUGUGCGCGAGAGUUACGCGACCUACAGGAUCGCUUCACAUCGGUGACAGACGAGAUGCAGCUGCAACAUCAGAACACGCUGCAGGAGAAGAAGGAACUGGAGAAAGACGUAGACAACCUGAAGGCGGUAGCACGAGAGGCACGUCACGACCAUCUGUUGAAGGUCCAGAAGAUGGAUGCAGAGGCCUCUCAGCUUCAGGAAGAGAGCCGCAAGAUUGUCGAGUCAACCCUGGCUAAGUGCAGCAAGCUUGAGUUGAAAGCGCGUGAGAUGGAGAAGGUGGUUGACUUACUACACCAAGACAAAGAGGCUCUCUCCCGCACCGUCUCUCACGAGAAAGACAUGCAUGCGGAUAAGACGCGCUUGCUAGAAGUGAAGAUAUCGGCGCUCCAAAAGAAGGUGAUGCACGAGAGGGAGGAGAGGCAAGAGGAGCAGAAGAAAUAUGCGGAUCGGCUGCAGAAGGAACACGACGAGAUGGUGCGUGCCAUGGACGCUAAGAAGAAGUCUUUCAUUGAGAAGCAGCACAUGAAUAAGCGGCAACUGCAGGUUUGCGAAGAGGAGAAGCAGUCUGUCCAGAAAAAGUUGUCCAAGCUGGAGGAGCAGAUCCACCAGGCUUCGGCUGAUCGGAUGAAGCUAAGGGGGGAAGAACAACGUAGCCAGUCUCUGCAACAGCAAAUUGCCAUUCUGGAAGUUCAGUUGGACUUUGCGAGCAGACAACUACAAGCCAGUGGAAAACAAGGCAUCAUAACGAGACGGGCUGUCUCUGCCUCUACUGUCGGCAGUGACCCAUUUAAUGACAGUUUGGAUGAUAUGGACAAGUUCUUCAAAGCUCCAGUAUCCGUGGCUAGGAGCGUGACAAGGAAAACUGCUAGAGGGAGCAGCAGCACAAGUGAUAUUCCUCACGACAUAUCUACUAACUUCCUCGAUACAUCCUACCUGAGUAACCUAGGCCAGACCCCAAGCACCGUCAACAAGAAACCUGCCACAUCAUUAUUUCGUUCUGAAGAUGAGGAUGACGUACUUGAAUGGAAGGGACUGAUACCUGUGAAACGCUCCCUUGAGUUUGAUCUGGACGGGUGCAGGUUGGAUGAGUUACAGCGCAGAAAUACCUUGUGUUUGCCGCACAUGAAGAGCAGUUACCCCGCAGAGACGCAGGCAGCAGCCACCAGUGAAAUAUCUGACCAGCAGCUGAAACUUGGAGAAAGUGUAAAGAUCAAGAAGGAUACCAGGCGAAUGACUAUGGCAUCGUCUACUAUCCAUGAACCCUUAACAAUCAUAGAGCAUGAUCCUCGCAAGAGAAGCUUCUUCCACGGUCAAGUAAAAAAGGAAAACAGUAUCGAGAGUUUGAAAGAAGACAUACCUCCCCAAGGACUGGAGUCACUGAGACAUAGGCAGAAAGCAGAAGUGGUACCCGGCAGGCAGUCAAGAUUUGAUGGUAACACAACAGUAUACCAGAAGCCAGGCCCACCAACUCCGAAAAACCGUUACAAAUCACCUAUGCCCAAGCUGGGACCACGCAUUCGGAAAGCACUUCACAUGGAACCAACCCCCAAGAAGGAGCCCGGACGGAAGAGUCUAGCAUUUGAGAUAUCCAACUCUCCCGUGCCUGUGACAAGAAGAAAGGUCAAAGGGAAACGAGCAGACAGCAAAAAGGAAACGAGAAAAAUUCUGGCCCAAAAGAACUAGUGAGUUGUCACAAGUUUUACUGCCAUCCUGAUGUAUGACCAAUGGCUGCAUCUGCAACAGGAAACAUUCCACACACUAUCACCUUCUGGCAGCUGCUCACCUAUAUCUGCACACGUCUGCAGAAGUGAGAAUGAAUUUGCUCCAUUUCUAAUUUUGCUGCAGAAAGGUUUACCGGAUGCCGCGUAGUAGCACCAGCCUCAUACGUUUAGAAUACAUGUAGGAAUUUUGUAUAUGGUAUAGAUUCCUAUCUGGCUUCAGUGAAAAUGUUACUUUUGGUACUCUUAGAUCAAAAUGUCAGGACUACAGUUGCAACCUACAGUCCAAAUAGACAAUUUCUAUUGCAAUAUAUUCAAAUUAAAAGCUAGUUUAAAUUAUUUCUCAUCGAUACUAAACAAAGGUUGGUAUAACAAUGUAGAGUAUCUAGAAAAAUUUAGAUAAAGAGCACACUGAAAGCUGAAGUAGUUAUCAUUCUAAGACUAUUCUGGCAGAAGUUUAUAUAAAUUUUUUGUGAAUGAAUAGGUAGGUAUGUAUAGUAUAUAGAAAUGCUCUUGUUUCACUCGCAUGUGGGUACGAAAUACACUUGGUCACCAGCGAGUGCUGGAGGUUGUAUUAUAAUCUGCCGUUUAGAUGGUGUAAAUAUAAGGGAUCCGGUUAUUCUAAGAAGUACCAAGGCUUAAUGUAAAUCAGUUUUCUGGUCUAGCUGAUCUGUUAUUGAACAACCAAUCGCAGUAGUCUACUUCAUAAACUGAUUGUCGCUGUACUUGUAGCGUAAGUUUGUAUAUAGAAAGUGUGCAAUUAGGAAAGUGUAAUACAGAAUAACUACAAUGUUCUUUAGUUAUGUUUGGAAGACCCUGGUGCUGCAUUUGGUCACCUGUUCCAGGCAUCCUUUGUGCUAAAUAUAUUAUAUACAUGUCAAAAACAUGGUUUUUAAGAAUCCUAACACAGUGAAUAAUCUGUACCUACUUAUAGCUAUAUCUCUCUGAUCUUUCUGUACCGAGGUGAAUAUUCUUUUUAUCAACGCCCUUUCUCUAUUUUUAACAGCUCGAGAGAAUCUUGUAAAUAUUGUUAAAUCAUUAAUUACUAUAACCACGUCACAAGUUUUGUGUUUCUUGCUAGUGCAGCUAUAAGUAUUAGUGGUGUAUAGCAUUAGAUUUAAUAAGCUUGUAAUUAUUAUUGAUAGAAUACAUACAGGAUUUCACUAAUGUGGGUCCUCCUUUUUUAUUUGUGUGCUAAUAUUGGGAUUUUAUAUGGUCAGGUUGUAAUAUUAAAAGUUCUCAAAGUAUAUUAAUUGUAUUUUGUAUAAUUUUACAAGUAAACAUCAUAGGUCUUUACUUA